AUGCAGCCCUGGCAGUGCCUCCGGCGCUUUGCCCUGGCCUGGUGGGAGAGGACAGCCGAGGGCAGCGCGCGAUCUCCCAGGGAGGAGGCCGGACCGAGGGACCCCGGGGGCCGAGGGGAGCCAGGGCUCCAGCGUGCAGCGGGAGGGAAGGCUCCAGGACUCUGUUCCCUCUGUUUAAAGUCUCCAGAUCCGGAGCGGAGCAGCCCCCCCAUGCUAUCUGCGGACGAUGCCGAGUACCCGCGGGAGUACCGGACCCUGGGGGGCGGGGGCGGCGCGGGCGGCGGGGGCCGGCGCUUCUCCAACGUGGGGCUGGUGCACACGUCGGAGCGGAGGCACACGGUGAUCGCCGCCCAGAGCCUGGAGGCGCUCAGUGGGCUCCAGAAGGCCGAUGCCGACCGCAAGCGCGAUGCGUUCAUGGACCACCUCAAGAACAAGUACCCCCAGCACGCCUUGGCCCUGCGCGGUCAGCAGGACAGGAUGCGAGAGCAGGUUGGCGGCUGGACCGUGGACCCCGUGUGCCUCCUCAGCUCCCUCUGCUCCCACCUCCAUGGCGACUCCGCCCCCUCCGGGGCUGGCCAGCCGGCCCAGCAGCCAAACUACUGGAGUUUCAAGACCCGCAGCUCACGCCACACUCAGGGAGCCCAGCCCGGGCUGGCAGACCAGGCAGCCAAGCUGUCAUACGCCUCGGCUGAGUCGCUGGAGACCAUGUCCGAGGCGGAGCUGCCCCUGGGCUUCAGUAGGAUGAACCGCUUCCGACAGAGCCUGCCCCUCUCCCGCUCUGCCAGCCAGACCAAGCUGCGCUCACCAGGGGUGCUGUUUCUGCAGUUCGGGGAGGAGACUCGGCGCGUGCACAUCACGCACGAGGUCAGCAGCCUGGACACGUUGCACGCGCUCAUCGCGCACAUGUUCCCGCAGAAGCUCACCAUGGGCAUGCUUAAGUCGCCCAACACCGCCAUCCUCAUCAAAGACGAAGCUCGCAACGUCUUCUACGAGCUGGAGGACGUCCGGGACAUCCAGGACCGAAGUAUUAUCAAGAUCUAUAGGAAGGAGCCAUUAUACGCAGCUUUUCCUGGCUCACACCUUACCAACGGGGACCUCCGGAGGGAGAUGGUGUAUGCCUCGAGGGAGUCGUCGCCCACACGGCGUCUCAACAACCUGUCGCCGGCGCCGCACCUGGCGUCCAGCUCUCCGCCCCCGGGGCUGCCGUCCGGGCUGCCGUCCGGGCUGCCCUCGGGGCUUCCCUCGGGGCUGCAGUCGGGCUCGCCGUCGCGCUCGCGCCUCUCCUACGCCGGGGGGCGCCCGCCCUCCUACGCUGGCAGCCCGGUGCAUCACGCGGCCGAACGGCUCGGGGGCGCCCCCGCCGCCCAGGGCGUCAGUCCCAGCCCCAGCGCCAUCCUGGAGCGGCGCGACGUGAAGCCAGACGAGGACCUGGCGGGCAAGGCGGGCGGCAUGGUGCUGGUGAAGGGUGAGGGGCUCUACGCCGACCCCUACGGGCUGCUCCACGAGGGCCGCCUGAGCCUGGCCGCGGCAGCCGGCGACCCGUUCGCCUACCCGGGCGCCAGCGGCCUCUACAAGCGCGGCUCGGUGCGCUCGCUCAGCACCUAUUCGGCCGCCGCGCUGCAGUCCGACCUGGAGGACUCGCUGUACAAGGCGGCGGGCGGUGGCCCGCUCUACGGCGACGGCUAUGGCUUCCGCCUACCGCCCUCAUCGCCUCAGAAGCUGGCCGACGUGGCGGCGCCCCCCGGAGGCCCCCAGCCGCCGCACAGUCCCUACUCGGGGCCGCCCAGCCGCGGCUCGCCGGUGCGCCAGUCUUUCCGCAAAGACUCAGGUUCUUCGUCGGUCUUCGCGGAGAGCCCCGGAGGCAAGACCCGCAGCGCGGGGGGCUCCUCAACGGCCGGAGCCCCGCCUCCCGAGCUCUUCCCCGGGCCUGGGGAGCGCCCGCUGGUUGGAUUUGGGCCGCCGGUGCCAGCCAAGGACACGGAGACCAGAGAGCGCAUGGAGGCCAUGGAGAAGCAGAUUGCCAGCCUCACGGGCCUGGUACAGAGUGCCCUACUACGAGGCUCGGAGCCUGAGACCCCCAGCGAGAAGAUUGAAGGCUCCAAUGGAGCAGGAACCCCGUCAGCACCCUGUGGGUCAGGCAGCCGGAGCAGCGGGGCCACCCCAGUGUCUGGCCCUCCCCCGCCCUCGGCCAGCAGCACUCCUGCGGGGCAGCCCACUGCCAUCAGUCGUUUGCAAAUGCAGCUGCACCUGCGUGGCCUACAGAACAGCACCAGUGACCUGCGCAGCCAACUUCAGCAACUUCGAAAGCUCCAGCUACAGAACCUGGAGUCGUUGCGCGCGCUGCUGAAAGGCACAGAGGCGGAGCUGAGCAUGCGCGUGUCGGAGGCUGCGCGAAGGCAGGAGGACCCGCUGCAGCGGCAGCGCACCCUGGUGGAGGAGGAGCGGCUGCGCUAUCUCAACGACGAGGAGCUCAUUACCCAGCAGCUCAAUGACCUGGAGAAGUCGGUGGAGAAGAUCCAACGGGAUGUGUCCCACAACCACCGGCUGGUGCCUGGGCCGGAGCUGGAGGAGAAGGCGCUGGUGCUGAAGCAGCUCGGGGAGACCCUGACUGAGCUCAAGGCUCACUUCCCAGGCCUGCAGAGCAAGAUGCGGGUAGUGCUGCGUGUGGAGGUGGAGGCCGUGAAGUUCCUGAAGGAGGAGCCGCAGCGCCUAGACGGGCUACUCAAGCGCUGCCGUGGGGUCACAGACAUGCUGGCCCAGAUCCGAAGGCAAGUGGACGAGGGUGUGUGGCCACCCCCCAACAAUCUCCUGAAUCAGUCCCCCAAGAAGGUGACGGCCGAGACGGACUUCAACAAGAGCUUGGACUUCGAAAUGCCACCCCCCAGCCCUCCACUGAACCUCCAUGAGCUGAGUGGGCCCGCUGAGGGAGCCCCACCUACUCCUAAGGGCAACCCUACCAAAGGCCUGGACGCUGCUGGCAAGAGAAGCGUGGACAAGGCUGUGUCUGUUGAGGCUGCCGAACGGGACUGGGAGGAGAAGCGGGCAGCCCUGACCCAGUACAGCGCCAAGGACAUCAACCGGCUGCUGGAGGAGACGCAGGCAGAGCUGCUGAAGGCCAUCCCUGACCUGGACUGUGCGAGCAAGGCCCACCCGGGCCUGGCCCCCACCCCUGACCACAAGCCCCCUAAGGCCCCCCACGGCCAGAAGGCAGCCCCCCGAACGGAGCCCAGUGGAAGGAGGGGCUCAGAUGAGCUGACGGUGCCUCGAUACCGCACAGAGAAGCCCUCCAAGUCGCCCCCGCCGCCCCCUCCCCGCCGGAGCUUCCCCUCCUCCCAUGGCCUGACCACCACGCGCACUGGGGAGGUUGUGGUCACCAGCAAGAAGGACUCGGCCUUCAUCAAGAAGGCCGAGUCCGAGGAACUGGAGGUGCAGAAGCCCCAAGUGAAGCUGCGCCGGACCGUGUCCGAGGUGGCCCGCCCGGCCUCCACACCACCCAUCAUGGCCUCUGCCAUCAAGGAUGAGGACGACGAGGACCGCAUCAUCGCCGAGCUAGAGAGUGGUGGUGGCAGUGUGCCACCCAUGAAGGUGGUGACUCCAGGGGCCUCUCGGCUGAAGGCAGUCCAGGGCCAGGCAGGCAGCCCCGACAAAGGCAAGCAUGGCAAGCAGAGGGCCGAGUACAUGAGGAUCCAGGCCCAGCAGCAGGCCACUAAACCAUCUAAAGAGAUGAGCGGGUCGAAUGAGACCUCAAGCCCAGUCUCAGAAAAGCCCGCGGCUUCCAGAACCUCUAUCCCUGUAUUGACUUCCUUUGGGGCGAGGAAUUCUUCCAUCUCCUUCUAGAAGCCCCUUCCCACCUCCACCUCAGCCUGUUCCCCCUCCUCACCCCUGUCACUUCUCUCCCUGCUCACCUUCCUCUCAUCUCCACCCUACCCCCACCCCAUUCUCUGGACCCUCUGAAGGGUUUGCCGCGGGUGUGGCCCUCCUCCGCUCUCUGCACCCAUCCCCUUGUUGGUGUUUUUGGUUUUUUAAACGACUCACUUUUAAUUACCUUUUUUUUUUUUUUUUUUUUUAAGUAAAACAGUAAAACUAAAAACCAAAACACACCACCUUCCCUUGAUUUCCUGUUUCUGGCCUGCCUCCUGUCAUCCUUGCUCCAUUUUCUCUUUACCCAUGCUUCCUCCCAAGUCCAUCCCCACGUUCCUGCACCCUACGCUCCCUUCCUGAGAGCACUCCAACCAAACUCUGAGCCACGGAGACUUGGAGCGGCGGGACACCCCUCUCCCCUUCCUCGGAAACCUCCCUGGAGGAAAACCUGGACGUUGGACCAACCCCCACUAUCAGGCCGGCAGCCAGGACGCAGGGAGACUCUAGCCCUGGAGGUGCCCCACCUGCCGGCCUCAACAGGACUGAACUCCACUCCGCUCCCUUCUGCUCGUGCCCUGUGGGUCUGGAGUCAUGAUGGGCGGGGCAGGGGUGGAGGGGCCGGUAUGAGGCCUUUGAAUCUGCGUGUCCGUGUCUGUGGAGACGAGUUGGCUUCCUGGGACUCCCUUCUUGUUUGUGGUGAGGAGCCGCCUGGCCUGUGCCGAGCGAGGAGGGGGCCCUGCUGGACGGUUGGUUGUGGGUGGCAGGUUGAGCAGACAGCCUGACCCUGGGGGUCACUGCCUUGGAAGAGGGCAGCCCCGAGGAGGGGUAUUUGGUACUUUCAGUUUCCUAAUUUAGCACUUUAAAUGACAUUAACUUAUUUAAUGGGGGUAGGGUGGGCAAGAAUGAAGGGCCUAGAAAACUAGAUUUGGGGACCUGGAGGGUGGGAAGGGGCUGGUUGUAAGGGAAGUGGGGGGAAUAGAGAGGGUCUGAUGGGGGGGGGGCGGUGAGGACAGCUCUGACCCAAAGGUCAAGUGACAUGACCUUCAGCCAUCUUCUUUGAGAUAAUGAGGGUUUUCAGGGAAGGGAUGAGAUGUGAUUUUUUCAGCGGGGAGCUGGUGACCCUUGGUGAGUUCCUUGAGGGUCCCUGAGGCCUGACCAGCCAGCCAGCGCCCCUAAACCGACCUGUGGAUGCCUGUGUAGCUUAAGGCCAGGUCCUGAGAGGAGGAGAGAAAGACCAAUUUUGGUUCUCAGCCCCAGGCCACCCAAGGGCACAGUGAGGGGCCAGCAAGGGGGUUACACGAGUGGGGGGGGGUGCAAGGAGGGUCCCCAGGGAGUAGGAUUCUUAUUUGGAGCACAAAGUGGGGUAAGCACAGGGGAGACUUUGGAGUUAGCCUCCCCAAGUAAGCACAGAAAGAAGGAGCCAUUGAAGGGGCAGAACCCCCUAGUCCCUGGGGCCUGGCUGGAAGGUCAGUGCCUGGGGAGAGCCAAGGGAGCUGUUGAGGGCUGGGGAGGGAGGGGAAACCAGGGUUGUGUUUCUUCAUUUCCUUUUGUUUUGGUUUUGGUUUUGGUUUUUUUUUUUUUUGUUGUUGGUUCAUCCUUGUUUUCUAGCUUUGGAUCAUUUUUGUACAAAGGCAAGCAAGCCUUUUUGAAAAAUAACAAAAGAAGAGGAAAAAAAAAUCCCUCCUGAAAAA